CAACGGAAGCACCACGAUCACCGGCAAGUGAGGGUGAAAGCUUUCCAUGUGUCGCAGCUUCAACCGUGUCAUAUAACCUUGCCUCCCGGAUGGUUUUCACCCCGGCAUACUCGAGGCAAGGUUCGCCCAGCUCAAUUUUCUGCUGUCCAGCUCAUUUUCUGCUGUCCAGCUCAUUUUCUGCUGUCCAGCUCAUUUUCUGCUGUCCAGCUCAUUUGCUGCUGUCCAGUUCCAUUUGCUGCUGUCCAGCUCUUCGUGCUGCUGUCCAGCUCAUCGCACUGCCGUCCAGCUCAUCGCACUGCUGUCCAGCUCAAAUACUGCUGUCCAGCUCAAAUACUGCUGUCCAGCUUGUGAUGCUGAUGUCCAGCUCUUUAUGAUACUCUACAGCUCUUGAUGCUGCUCUACAGCUCUUGCUGCUGCUCUACAGCUCUUGAUGCUGCUCUACAGCUCUUGAUGCUGCUGUCAAGUUCGAUUACUGCUGUCCAGCUCAAUUACUG